AUGGGCCCACCGGGCGACGAUGGCGAUUGUGGUGUUGACGGAGACGUUGGUCCAGAUGGAGUAGUUGGAGAGGAUGGAGAAGUCGGUCCUACAGGGAAUGACGGUAUUCAAGGACCAGUGGGGCAUGAUGGUGAACCAGGUGCGGUUUUUACUUCAUUGCUCCAUGAUUUCUCCCUAUUUGUGAAUUUUACAGGUCAAGAUGCUGAGUAUUGCCCUUGUCCACGACGCCUCUAUCACUACUCCGACAUAGUGAAAAAAAUUUUGUAA